GUAACCCACCAGGAAACUACAGAAGAAGAACACAUCACCAUCCAGCCGCAGGACUGUAAUCGCGCUUGACAGUUGCGAACUUCAAGAGCGUCAGACUUUGUUUUGCCCGUCAGUGUUCUCGGCUGUGAUGUCUGCCAAGGCCAUUUCUGAGCAGACGGGAAAAGAGUUCCUGUAUAAAUACAUCUGCACCACGGCAGCUGUGCAAAAUCGCUUCCGCUGCGCCACCUUCACUGCAGACACCGUGUGGGACCGGCUUGUACAGGACCACCCAUGGCUGCUAACAGAAAGACUGGUUGUGAAACCAGAUCAGCUGAUCAAACGCAGGGGGAAGCUGGGAUUGGUGGCAGUUGACCUGAACCUCGAGGGUGUCCAGGAAUGGCUGAAAUCACAUAUGAUGACAGAAAUCACAGUUGGGAAGGCGAAAGGGAUUUUGAAGAGCUUCCUCAUUGAGCCGUUUGUGGCUCACAAUAAGGAAGAGGAGUUUUAUGUGUGUAUAUAUGCAAGCCGGGAAGGGAGUCAAGUGCUGUUCCAUCAUGAGGGUGGGGUGGAUGUUGGAGACGUGGACACAAAAGCCCAAAAACUGUCAGUGAGAAUAGAUGAUAAGCUCACGGAGGAAAUGGUUACACAGCAGUUACUUGUACAUGUUACAGAUGAGAAGAAAGAAGUUCUUGCAAGCUUCAUAGUGGGUCUCUUCAAUUUGUAUGAGGAUCUUUACUUCACAUAUCUGGAGAUCAAUCCACUUGUGGUCACUAAGGACGGAGUGUACGUAUUGGAUAUGGCAGCUAAAAUUGAUGCUGCUGCCGACUACAUCUGCAAGCCCAAGUGGGGUGAUGUGGAGUUUCCUCCUCCGUUUGGCAGAGAAGCUUAUCCUGAGGAAGCGUACAUAGCAGAUCUUGAUGCUAAGAGUGGCGCCAGUCUGAAACUCACCCUGCUGAACCCCAGAGGACGCAUUUGGACCAUGGUGGCUGGUGGCGGUGCAUCGGUGGUUUACAGUGACACCAUCUGUGAUCUGGGUGGAGUAGAUGAGCUGGCCAACUAUGGGGAAUACUCUGGAGCUCCCAGUGAGCAGCAGACGUACGACUAUGCCAAGACCAUUCUCUCUCUAAUAACCCAAGAGAAACACCCAGAUGGAAAGGUGUUGAUCAUUGGUGGCAGUAUUGCUAACUUCACUAACGUAGCAGCUACGUUUAAGGGCAUUGUGAGGGCUAUCAAAGACUACCAGGGGCCUUUAAAAGAAAAUGAGGUUACCAUCUUUGUCCGACGUGGAGGUCCAAACUACCAGGAAGGGCUGAGAGUGAUGGAGGAAGUAGGAAAGACUACUGGAAUUCCCAUCCACGUUUUCGGCACAGAGACUCACAUGACUGCUAUUGUUGGCAUGGCGUUGGGUCAUCGGUCAAUUCCCAAUCAGCCUCCAGCGGCAGCGCACACUGCCAAUUUCCUUUUGAACACCAGUCCUAAUGCAACUACACCAGCAAGAACCAGAAAUCCUUCGUUCUCUGAACACAAAUUGAGCAAUAGUGUCACAGAUGGCAUGACCACAGCAGGUGCUCCACCAGUUUCCACUCUUUGCCAUUCGUGGUCUGUGAUGGUCAUGUUUAAUGCAGCGGUUAAAGCUAAACCCACGACUCUGUUCAGCAGGCAGACCAAGGCAAUUGUGUGGGGCAUGCAGACACGGGCAGUUCAGGGAAUGUUGGACUUUGAUUACGUGUGUUCACGUGAUGAACCAUCUGUUGUCGCAAUGGUCUACCCCUUCACUGGUGACCACAAGCAGAAGUUUUACUGGGGUCAUAAGGAGAUCUUACUGCCGGUCUACAAGAAUAUGGCCGAUGCUAUGAAGAAACAUCCAGACGUUGAUGUGCUCAUAAAUUUUGCCUCCCUUCGUUCGGCUUUCGACAGCACCAUGGAAACGUUGCAGUAUCCUCAGAUACACACUAUAGCUAUCAUAGCUGAAGGCAUUCCUGAAGCUCUGACCCGCAAACUCAUCAAAUCAGCCGAUGAAAAGGGCGUCACUAUCAUUGGACCUGCAACUGUUGGCGGUAUAAAGCCAGGCUGCUUUAAGAUCGGGAACACAGGCGGAAUGCUUGACAAUAUCCUGGCAUCAAAGCUGUACAGGCCGGGCAGCGUGGCGUAUGUGUCCCGCUCAGGAGGGAUGUCCAAUGAACUCAACAACAUCAUUUCACACACUACAGACGGGGUUUAUGAGGGAGUUGCUAUUGGAGGAGACAGAUUCCCAGGCUCUACAUUCAUGGACCAUGUACUCCGAUAUCAGGACACUCCAGGCGUCAAGAUGAUUGUUGUUCUGGGAGAGAUCGGAGGCACAGAGGAGUAUAACAUCUGCCAGGGCAUUGCAGACGGCAGAAUCGCUAAGCCAGUCGUGUGUUGGUGUAUUGGAACGUGUGCCACCAUGUUUUCAUCUGAGGUGCAGUUUGGUCAUGCAGGGGCAUGUGCAAAUCAAGAGUCAGAGUCCGCUGUGGCCAAAAAUCAAGCACUACGGGAAGCGGGUGCAUUUGUGCCCAACAGCUUUGAUGAACUGGGUGAUGUCAUCAAGUUUGUGUAUGAUGACCUUGUCGCAAAUGGAAUCAUUGUUCCUGCACAGGAAGUUCCUCCUCCUACCGUCCCGAUGGAUUACUCUUGGGCAAGAGAGCUGGGGUUGAUUCGAAAACCUGCGUCGUUCAUGACUAGUAUAUGUGAUGAAAGGGGCCAGGAGCUCAUAUAUGCCGGUAUGCCCAUCACAGAGGUGUUCAAAGAGGAAAUGGGUCUAGGAGGAGUGCUGGGCCUGCUAUGGUUCCAGAGGAGAUUACCACGUUACGCAUGUCAGUUCAUUGAGAUGUGUUUGAUGGUGACUGCGGAUCAUGGGCCAGCUGUAUCUGGUGCUCAUAACACCAUUGUUUGUGCUCGUGCCGGUAAAGAUCUGGUGUCCAGUCUGACUUCUGGGCUUCUGACGAUAGGAGAUCGAUUCGGUGGCGCUCUGGACGCAGCUGCUAAACAGUUCAGUAAAGCGUUUGACAGCGGCCUGCUGCCCAUGGAGUUUGUCAACAAAAUGAAGAAGGAUGGCAUGCUUAUAAUGGGCAUCGGACAUCGAGUCAAAUCAAUCAAUAACCCUGAUAUGAGGGUGCAGAUCCUGAAGGACUUUGUGAAGCAGCAUUUCCCGUCAACACAGUUACUAGACUAUGCCCUCGAUGUAGAGAAGAUCACCACCUCAAAGAAACCCAACCUGAUUCUAAACGUUGAUGGUUUUAUUGGUGUGGCUUUUGUCGACCUUCUAAGAACAUGUGGUGGGUUCACACGGGAUGAGGCAGAUGAGUUUGUUGAAAUCGGGACUCUCAAUGGAAUCUUCGUUCUGGGACGCAGCAUCGGUUUCAUCGGUCACUAUCUGGACCAGAAGCGACUGAAACAGGGUCUCUACCGCCACCCGUGGGAUGAUAUCUCCUACGUACUUCCCGAGCACAUGUCUAUGUAAACCUGGAACCAAUGAGUAUUUUGGAUAAUGUAAAGCUGUGAAAGCUGUGGAAACAUGUCUAUUUUAUUACUUUAACAUGAUGGGAAAGGGAGGGGGUAAAUUAUUCAGUCAUAUCCAAAGAGAUACACUAGCAAAAUACAGAGAGGAGUAGAUAACUUUCGCAACGCAUGACAAUCGUCAAAUUAAUUUAUAAAACAGCAAAAACUUGUCAUUGGCCAUCUAACACUACCAUGAAGCUUCCUUUGCUCUGGUUAAAAUUAACAAGUGUUGUGUCAUGUAUGGGUCUUCAGGCUGUCAGUUCUAAUGUAAUGAAUGAACACACCACAGCCUGUUGAUACAAAGCGCCAAAUUCUACUGCAUACUCUCAAGUUGUUCAUGUUACGUUAGCUUAUAUUUUUAAGUUUUAUAGUCUCAGUUUGUAAUAAGAUCUAAAAGCACUUUGAAAUGGGAUUAGAGAAAUGGCACAUAUUUGUCUAAAAUAUUGGGGAAACGUGUUUUUGAACUGCUCUAAAACUAAAAUUAAAGUCUUUUCACACUUCACCUUGAGUAAGCACACUGCUAAGGGCACAUUUAUCACUGGGAAAAGUUUAACUAAAUCAGCUUCUAUAGUGUUGUUUUUAUGUGCAAAAUUAUUGUAUUUUUGAGAAUAAAGUUCUUUAUUGGUUA